AUGACAUCCCGCUUGAUGCUCAACUUACCUCGUCCGCCAUCGGCAAAAUCGCAUGAGCCUCAUGUCUCGAAACUCGUCAAACUCAAAAUCAAAAAUCCAUCAGCAAAACAGAUUCUGUCUUUGCAUUCUCGUCAAGGCCCGUCAGUCACCAGCAAGCGCGCCCGAUUGAUGAAUGCAGAGGAUGAGCCUGCAAGCAAGCGUCAGCGUCUAAACCAGUACCAGGAGCGAGCUCUUCAUUACUUUCAAGAGUAUGCCCCAUUAUCCACAAGAUUCUGGAAGGUGAUUCCCACAGAUGUUUUCAAUUACCCAGAAUUGAGAAAUAGCAUCGAACUGAUGAAAAUCGUCAUUCAUUCGAUGGUUGCCUCUAUCUCCUACCUUCGGUUAGAACUUCUACCGUUAGCAUCCUUUGGAGCUCGAGACUUGCGUACUUACUCUUACGAAGAUGGGAUCUGCUACGAAGAGCAUUUUAUUCACGGCGCACACGGUCGAGUCGAUUUGGACAAGGCCAACAUCUUUGAAUUACAAGCCGGCCGGGUUAUGGUUAUGGAGAGAUUCAAAGAUGAGCGAACCGAUGACUUACUAGACUUGCUUGACGAUGAGAUCUUAGUAAUAUUGACCAAGCGUCAGCUUGCUGGCAUUCAGCUCUGGCUUUGUGAAAGCUCAAGCCAUAGUCUGACAAUUCUCGAGAAAUACUGUAUCUCUAUUGGCUCAAGGAGCAAAGCCUCGGCGUCUCGACAGGAUUCUACGCAAAACGAUAGCGAGAAGCCAGUUGAAUUUGACGAGCCCAAGAGGACUAUCGACAAGCUGACACAAUUCAGAAGAGAGAUUUUCGGUCUGCUUCGCAAGUUGACGGUUCUGGCAGAUCGGCUGAGUAGCCCACCAGACAGCCGUAAGCUUGUGCUUCACUACUUCGUCGAUGGCCCAGUCUCCAAGCAACACCUACAAUGCGGACUUUCCGACUGGCCUGACAACCCCAUUGGUAACUUGGAUUCUACCGCAUGGAGACGAGAGACUCUGGACUGUGGAUUCGUCGAUACCGGAUUUUAUACGUGA